CACCGCGCCCAGUCUAGAUCUGACCUAGCAGCUGUUCGUGUAGGCUGUCGCGUCAUUUCCACUCGCGCCUCUUCACUGAGCAUCUUUUCCUCAUCUUAGUGGCGACAUUUUACACACGGUUUUAUCAAUCACUUUGCGUUUUACAAGUCUGAAGUCUUCUCAGUGGAUCGUACUUGUCAAUAACUCGAUUCCGCAAUUCUCUUGCGGAUAAUUUGCUCUUAUAUUUUUACCCUUACCGAGAAUGGGCAUAGAUACCUGAAUAUUUGCGGUGCGUUUUGAUAUUUUUUAUUUCAAACUGAAGUGUUUCAACUGAAGACGUCAACGGGCGAAAAUGCCUCCCGUAGAACAAGAUAAGGAUGGCCAACAUGUGGCCUUCCAGGACAAGGACUCCACAGAGGUUGAAAUAGAAGAGGAGGAGGAGGCAGCCGAAGAGGUAGCGCCAUUGGCAUCUCCAGCAUCCUUACAGGGUCCUGAAGAGAAUGGCGCUGUCGGCCUCGAAAACAACGAUGAAAAGAGAGAUAAGUUUCCCCUAUACGAUGAGCGCCACAUGCGAUUCUCCACGGUGUCGGCACCGAUGCUGACCUCCCGCCCGUCCUUCGGAGGGUUGAGUUCCAGGCCUUCCAUGGCAUCCUUGAGAUCGACAAUUUCCAGGGUGAACAGCGAACUGUACCCUGAAAGAGGGUCGUUCAUUGCCAUGAGCCUGGGUCAAUCCUUAGCCGAGCUGCCCGAGCUGGCUCGCAAAAUGUAUAUAAUAACUCAGGUGUUAGCGGCCGUGUCUGUCUCAAUCGGAUCCAUGGCAGUUGGUUUCAGCGCUGGGUACACGUCUCCAGCUUUGGCCUCAAUGGCUAGCGACAACGCAACCUUCUCUGUCACAGAGGAGGAGAAAUCCUGGAUUGGGUCACUCAUGCCCCUCAGUGCUCUCACUGGCAGUAUUAUUGGCGGGUAUUUCAUAGAUGCACUAGGAAGGAAAAUGGUAAUCUUACUGUGUGGACCGCCAUUCAUUCUAGCUUGGUUGUUGAUUGGCUCUGCUGUGAACAUCUGGAUGAUCUACGUUGGUCGGGCCAUAGGAGGCUUCUGUAUCGGUCUCUUGACUCUCACUCUUCCUGUCUACUUAGGAGAAACCAUACAACCUGAAAUAAGAGGAAUAUUAGGUCUUCUUCCAACUACUAUUGGCAAUGCAGGUAUCUUGAUAUGUUACCUUGUCGGUUCCUACGUGAACUGGUGGUGGCUGGCAUAUGUGGGUGCAAUUAUUCCUGUAGUCUUCACUGCUUUGAUGUGUUUUGUACCUGAAACCCCAAGAUGGUACAUCUCCAAAGAUCGAGUGGAUGAUGCAGAGAGAUCUCUUCAGUGGUUGCGUGGCUCAGCUGCUGAUGUAGAGUUCGAACUAGGCGCCAUCCAAGAAAAUUACGAACUAGCAAAACAGGAGUCUUCUUCGUUCAAGGACAUCCUGAACAAACAAUACGCACGUCCGUUUCUUCUUUCCAUGGGCCUCAUGCUCUUCCAGCAACUCUCCGGCAUUAAUGCCGUCAUCUUCUACACAGUGGACAUCUUUGAAAUGUCAGGGUCGUCCAUCAGCGGCCACCUUUCUACCAUCAUUGUUGGAGUCGUCAAUCUGCUGUCAACAUUUGUGGCUAACUCUGUCAUUGACAAACUUGGUAGGAAGAUCUUACUGUAUGCUUCCAGUGGAUUGAUGGUCGUGUCCCUCGUGUCCCUAGGGUCAUUCUUCUAUAUUAAGUCCUAUGCUGAAAACUUCCCUUCUACAGAGGAAGGUUACGCUGAGUGGCAAGAAUCAGUUGCGAAUCUAUCAUGGCUCCCUCUGGUGAGUUUCAUGGUAUAUGUGAUAGCCUUCUCCUUGGGCUGGGGGCCGAUUCCUUGGCUCUUCAUGGGAGAAGCCCUGCCUGCCAAGAUUAGAGGUCCCGCAGCAUCAGUGGUUACAGCUUUGAACUGGUCUUGCACGUUUAUCAUCACCAAGACCUUCCCAGGCCUUCUUAAAGCUAUCGGGCCCUCCAGUGUAUUCUUCAUGUUCACUGGUAUAAUGAUACUGGGUUCCCUGUACUCAAUCUUCUUUGUACCGGAAACUCGCGGCAAGACUCUUGAAGAAAUUGAGGAAGAGCUGUCUGGAAGGAAGAUGAGGAGGAACAGAAAAAUUAGCACAACUUCGGGACUAUUCAUGAAGUAAAGAUUCGAUCCCUGUCCCCAGUGUGUUUAUUUGAGUUCAGUGAAGAUGCUGGUGAUGCCUGGCCCUUGAUUGCAUCACUCAGCAGACCUUCAUCAGUCACUAUCUAAGGGAUUUAAUUCAGAAAUCAGUCUUUGACGAUGAUGGCACUUACUGCCGUUUCUGUAAAUCAUCUGAAGGUCUUGCUACCGUUUAUUGCUAGCUUUCCGCACCCUGGUGCUAGCUACCGACUCUACAAAAGACUUCCUACGAUAGCAAACUGAAUCUUAAAGUGUGAGUUAAUCUAAUAAAUUACAUGCCAUAAAGAAAGUCUCACAAGGCUAAAACAAAUGAAUUUUUCAAGGAACCGGACAUUUGAAGCAAAGACAUUUACUUGAAUUUAGCAUCCCUGAGGUGACAGAAACUCUUCAGUUGUGUUGCGAGUACUGGCAUCGAAGAACCAGUGUGGUAACAACCCCUAGUGAAUUCCGUUCUCAUCAUUCAAAAAAGACACUUGCAACUAGCAAUUAUGACGUUCUUGUAAGGUGACUUUUUUUUAAUCUUUGGGCGAAACUAGUGUCAGUGACAGUUCGUAGAAGAAAAAAUCUUGUGUGUGUUUAUGUUUUUAUAAUAAGCGCAGUUAGACUAAAAUGCCCAAUUCUCAUGAAGGGGACGGGUGGGUCAACUGCACACCCUGAUAUAAAGCAGUCAAAUCAUUCAAGUUUACCUACUAAAGUGCCACAAAUUUAUGAAAAUACAUUCCAUUUUAAUUACAUGAGAGCUGACCUCAAGAAAAGUUUAAUAUUUAGUGUAAUAAAACAAUUGGUCGAAUUAAAAACUCUAGCUAUUGAUUUUCUUUUUGUUCAACAUAUGAAAUGCAAUAAGGCUUCAUAUAGGAUGACUGAUGUGCAUGCAAAUGAAAUGCAUUUUCAUUUACAAACUAAGUGCUUGUUUAUUGCUAGAUAGGAAAUAGACUGGGUAAGCCAAGGGGAACUGCCUUUGAGGUUUGCAACAAUCCUCAAGAAUUCACAACAAAUAGACAUAAUAAGGACGUCACUAAAGCCUCAAGAAAUAGACCCCAGGCUGAUUUUAGUUUGCAUAAUAAUUGCAAGGCUGAUUUUUUAUUGUGUAUUCUACUUUAACUCUGUUUUAAGCUUUGAUUUUUUAUGAUGCUACACAUGUUAACUAUGACAGUCAUAUGUACAUUAUUUGAUUGCAAAUUAAUUUUGUGUUAUGCUAUUACACAAAUGGCACUGUAAAUGAACUGCCGUUAUGCUUUGGAUUCAUCCUCUCGGUCUGCAGAAGAAAUACAUUUCAAGGACAUAACACAAUGAUAUAUUGGAAUCUUGAAGGCACCGAAUAUUCAUUAAGGCUGAUACGCUCGAAUAGUACAUAUUUCUCUAAAGAUUCUUUUGCACUUACUGAAAUAAUAAAUGACCAUUUCUCCCAGAACAUUAUAGAGAAACGCAGAAGGAUUCCUAUCUCAUUUACCUAUAGGCUUUGAGAAAUUCGCGUAACGUCAGCCAGAAGUAUAACAUCAGUGGAAAAGUGACGCAAAAAAUAUUCAGAAUACUUCUAGAAAAUCUUUUAUGGCGACUGAGGUCUAUGAGAAAGAAUGCCAUCAGAUUCAGCAACUUUUAAAAGAAUUGGAGACAUUGGUUUACAUUUCACCAUUUCCCGUCCAGCUAUAGAAAGAGGUUUACUGGUUGUUUAAAAAAAGGAGCUUGGCUGCCCAAAUUUCAACUAGAAUUUUGAUGGCAAUAAGUCUAUUUUGGCUUAGUCGAAUUGUAACCCCGCAAAAACUGACUCAUCCAUUUCAGCAUUUUUCUAUUUUACACAAAAAUUUUUGUAUUACAUGUAUUAGAUUUUGUAAACUUAUAAGUAUGCUAACUUGCAUAAACGUGCAUGUGUAAAAUACUGUAUGGCCUGCUAUUUUUUGACACGAAAGUAAUACACAUGUAUGUACAGAGAAUAGCAUAACACUUAAUAAUUUCAGCGCAUCAAUUUUUUUCAUAGACUUAGUGAUGUUGUGCCAUAUGUAAUAAAUGUAACUUGACAUGACGCUGUAAUGUGAUACUUGUUGUGCAAAAUCUUUUGAAAUACAUUUUAAAGAUUUCGUCUAAGUCUGUUACUUUUCUGUUUCUCAGGAUAACUAAAAUUUGCUGUGGUAAUCGGACGUAAUUUUAGAGCGACAGAAUUAAACCUUUACGCCGUUUUAAAGAUUCUGUUAACCAUGAUGUCAAGGAUUUGAUGAAAUAUCUGUGCUCUUUAUUCCUUCCACUUUUUUCUGAAGAAACUGCAAAGUUUGUAGUAAUAAUUUUCCUCCUUGGCCGAGGCUACUAGCAACAUAGGAGGAGGUUUAGGAGUCCUCACUUCUGCAUUCUGCUUUCUCUGUAAUUUAUCUUGAGCCCAUUUAGAUGGCAAAUAACCAUCCAAGUCUUAGGGGACUUUGUUUGUUAAGGCUCCUCGUACUGUAGUUUGACCUAUUUGUAUGGCACCUGUCAUACUACCAGCCUUUAGUUUAGAGCCUCAUCAUGACUAAUAAAGUUAAUUCAAGCUUC